GACACUCCUACAUAAUAGAUUAGGCACUACGGGUAGAUGAGCCUGCUUUCUGCCAAUGGUUCAUACAGGCUAUUCUGUAUUCUAGUUACUAUAGACAAUCAAUGACAGGGUGUACUAGAGCCACAAUACAGCACAUACUAUUUAUUUAUUUUGAACUGUCGGUACCAAGUUCAACAAAAGUAGGAAAUAAAACUCCAGUCUCCAGACAUGGCUUUAGUGGGAGUUAGAGCUUCAUACUACAGGAUUCUUAACAAGAUCGAGCUCAAACUACCUGCUAAACUGAGACCUUUCUACAACCAUCCAGCAGGUCCAAAGACAGUCUUCUUCUGGGCACCAGUGUGUAAAUGGGGUCUGGUUAUGGCUGGCAUGGCUGAUAUGACAAGGCCAGCUGAUAAACUGAGUCUCUCUCAGUCUGGAGUACUCAUGACUACAGGUGUUAUUUGGUCCCGAUAUUCUCUUGUCAUUAUUCCGAAGAACUGGGGUCUCUUUUUUGUCAACGGUUUUCUUGGAUUGGCAGGAGCCAACCAACUUGUUAGAAUCUGGAUGUACCAACAGGAAGUAAAGAAGCAACAGGACGAGAAGGCCCAGAUCCCCAUCAUAUAACACACACACACACACACACACACAUAUUUAAUUUCUUCAUGUCUUAAUCCAUUUUUAUGCAAAGUCUGUAAAGUUAACCCUCAACAGUCACUAACACUGGUUUGAUAUACAGUACAUAUCACAGGUCUUAUAUACAGUACAUAUCACAGGUCUUAUAUACAGUACAUAUCACAGGUCUUAUAUACAGUACAUAUCACAGGUCUUAUAUACAGUACAUAUCACAGGUCUUACAUACAGUACAUAUCACAGGUCUUAUAUACAGUACAUAUCACAGGUCUUAUAUACAGUACAUAUCACAGGUCUUAUAUACAGUACAUAUCACAGGUCUUAUAUACAGUACAUAUCACAGGUCUUAUAUACAGUACAUAUCACAGGUCUUAUAUACAGUACAUAUCACAGGUCUUAUAUACAGUACAUAUCACAGGUGGCCGGUUACAACUUCAUUUGGGAGGGCUGGCUCAUAGUGAUGGCUGGAUCGGAAUACAUGGAAUUUCCAUGGUUACCAUGUGUUUGAUAACAUUCUAUUCACUCCAUUCCAGCCUCCUGUGAUGUGUAUAUAACCAGGCACUAUAUUCUAAUAGGCCUAAUGAAUAUGUAGGAAUUUACAUUCCUUCCUUUUUUGUGUUAGAAUUAUUUUGAGACUAAGGAAAUAUCAGGUUGUUGCUCGAACUCUCAAUAUUUGUAAUAGAUUUGUGCCCUUAAAUAUUUACUUAGUAUUAUGUGCAUUUAAUACAGUUGUUUGUAGGAUUACAUAAUUGUUGUAAUUUAAAUAAAAUAAUGUAUUUAUGAAA